AUGCCCCAAGGUGCACAGCAGGAGGAGGACCUGCACCCACAGCAGCAGCUGUCCAAGGAUGACCAGCUCCUGGAUGAUGGCAAGACCCUGGGCGAGUGUGGCUUCACUAGUCAGACAGCACGGCCGCAGGCCCCAGCCACUGUGGGGCUGGCCUUCCGGGCAGAUGAGGCUUUUGAGGCCCUGCGCAUUGAGCCCUUCUCUAGCCCGCCGGAGCUGCCUGAUGUGAUGAAGCCACAGGACUCAGGAAGCAGCGCCAAUGAACAAGCCGUGCAGUGAGAAGGCCCCUGGGCCCACCCCAGUGCCCCAUUCUCCCCAAUAAAAGAGAUUUGGGUGUUCGCCU